UUCAUUUCUUUUCUCUAGCAAUUUAACUUUUCUCUUCUUUUCCUUUCUACUCGCAAACUUAGCAUAAAACAGAAGCAGAAGUUGAAAACCAGACUACAGGGGAGAACAAAUCUGAAAACUUACAAGCAAGAUUGCCGAGAGGUAGAGAUGAAAAGAAUCACUAGUUACUUCCGGCAUCAGAAGAAAUCUGAUAAAGGAAUGAGAGAGAAACCUGAGAAUAAUGAUAGAGGAGAGCAGAUGGACUGGAUGACUUGCACUGAUGCAAUCUUGGAUAAGCUCAAGUUUCGGGUGCUCCAGGUUGAUUGCCGCAAGGAUGACCAUGGUCUGAACAAGCUGAUGGUGGAGCUAAGGCUAGUGAAAACAUUCCUUCUGUGUGCGAGGAAACUGGGAUAUUCUUGCAGUAGCGUGGAAGAUUCUGUUCAUGAAAAUGGGCAGCAGUUUUACUCUCUUCUUGUUAGAUUAGAGAAUGAUGGAUUGCUCACCAGAGACUUGGCUGGACCAGCCUCUACUUUUCGAGAAAUUCUGAAGAAGUUCAGUCAACAGAUCAGUGAAGUGUACGUGGAAUUGUUGGAUUUCUUAUUGCGAUCCGGUGCUCCUCCGGAUGAUGAAUUGAUGAUAUUCUUGGACUCAUUGCAAGACAGUCUUGUGGAUAUUCUCUGGUCCCAGGGCAAGCCCGAGCGCAAACUCAUGGAACAUUAUGGAGUUGUCGCCCUAUCUGCAGCUCGCCUGUGUUGUAUUUGUUGGUUUUCCAGAGAUGACGAUAAGGUGUUCGAUAAAAUGCAUUCAGAGAUUUCUGAUACAAUCGAGAAGAUGAACCCAGUUAAUGACAGGACCCGUUUGGCUUAUAUCGAGGUCUUAAAAUCUGCUACAUCAUCACUCAAUCUGUUCACCAAGACGAAAGCGUCUAUCUUGUGGAAUUUUUUACAUUCUCUGGGAGGUAAUCUUACAGAGUUAAUACUAAAUCCUGCUGCCUGGUUCACGGUAUCUCUCAAGCAUCAAAUGCGAAUACUCUAUGAAGGACUCCGAUUCUUGAGAAUCAUACUCAAGAAGCAGAGUCAUGCAUAUGAUAGGCUACACAAUUGGAUCACCUUGCGUCAUCUGGGAGGUAUAGUCUGUGAUGCUGGGGUUGUUAUUUUCUCUCUUUAUCAGAACCAAAUUCAAGAAGCUUUGGCCGAGGCACUAGAUGUAAAGAUGUCUUCUUUACUGAAGGAAAUUAUGCGUUACAAGGAAAAAGCUGAGCAUGAAUUUCCUGUGCCACUAAGGUUUAACUUUACUACAACGAAUGAGGUGGGGCUUGUAGAUCUUAUACUAGAAAAGGUGAAGGAACUAGCAAGCUGUAAAGUUGAUCCAAUUUAUUUUGCAAAGGAGAGAGUUGACUUGUUAAGGUCACUUCCACACUCGUACAUGGUGCAUGAGGGUGAUAUAUGCCAGGAUGACCGUGGUUUCAAUAAGUUGAAGGUGGAGUUAAGGCUCGUCAAAACAUUUCUUCUGUGUCCUAUGGAAUUGACACACUCCCAAUAUAGCCUAAAAUUUUCUGUUUUUGAGAAGACACAUCAGUUUUACUCUCUUAUUCUUGGAUUAGAAGACGAUGGGUUGCCCCCUGGUGACUUGGUGAGAGCUGCCUCUGAUUUUCGAGAGACUCUAAAGGAUUUUCGGCAACAAAUCAAUGAUUUGUAUGUCGAGAUGUCAGAUUCCUUGUUACAAUCGGUUUCUCUGUCUAGAAUCCAGCGCAAUUUAAGAGGCUUUGUGCCAGGGGAUGUUUGCUGGUAUGAAUCGGGACGUAAAUCAUAUCCCUCUAUCUUGGAUCGCUUAUUGGAAUCCAGUUCUACUUCAGGAGAUGAAUUCAUGGAAUUCUUCCAAUCCUUGCUAGAGAAUCUUGCGGACAUUCUUGUUUGGGGUUGCAAAGCAAGCAUGAAUGCGAACUUAUGCAGCAUUGUGGAGUCUUGGCCCUAUCCGCAGCACAUCUUUGUUAUGUUUGUUGGUUUUUCAGAGAUGAUAAUCAAGUGUUUGAUGGAAUGCAAGUAGAGGUUUUGGAAUCAGUAGAGAAGAUCAAGCCUGUUGAUCAGCAAGUCCGUUUGGCUUAUAUUCAUGUCUUGGAAUCUGAAUCAUCAUCAUUGUCUCUGUCUACCAAGACGGAUAUGUUUAUCAUGGGGGAUUUUGUAGAUUCUCUCCUAGGUAAUCUUUGGGAGUUGCUACUAAAUUGUCCUACCAAUUCAUGGUAUCUCUGAAACAUCAGAUGCGGAUGCUAUAUGAGGGACUCCAAUACUUGAGAAACAUUCUCAAAACGCAGCAAGAGAUGAAUGAUGGGCUGCCUGGGAGAUUCAAGGAUCAUAUUGGUGCUGUGGUGAAUGAUGCUGGAGUUGUAAUUUUCUCACUUUAUCAGAACAACAUCCAAGAAGCUUUGGCUGAGGAGAUAGAUGUUAAGCUCUUUUGUUUACUCGAGAGAAUUAGGGUUAUUCAGGCAGAAGUAAAGGAAAAUCAUCCUGUAGGGGUGAGGUUUAACUUCACUACAACCACUGUGCUGGGGAUUAUUGAUUUCUCCUAGAAAAAUUGAAAGAACUGGCAAGAUGUAAAGUUGAUCCCGUAUAUUCCUUUGCAAAGGAUAGAGCUGAUUUCUUAAGAUCAUACUUGAAGAAGACUAUGGACCAUCCCACGGGGCAUCUAGAAGAUAUAGUCGAUCUGGGGAGAGUGUUAUGGAGCAGCACAACAAGGGCAAAAAGCUCCAGCCCCAAAGAGCACAAGAAGAUCUGUUAUUCUUAAGAUUAUUCUUGGAAAAUAAUUUGGAGCAGUACGUUCAGAACAAACAGCUCCAACUUCAAACAAUGCAAGAUGAUCUUUUAUUCUUAAGAUCAUUCUUGGCAAAAAACAGGUGCAAUGCAAUCACCAUGAAGAGCUCCAAACUCUUAGGAGCCGUGUUAUGGAAAUGGCAUACAAGGCAGAUUUUGUUAUUGACUCCCUAAGAGUUGGAGAUAUAUCAUUUUAUGCUUUGUUGUUAUUUGAUAAUGUCACAUCAGAAAUUCAGCUUCUUAAAGCUAAGACGUUGGUGGUUGAUGGCAAUGAGAACGUCAUCAAAGCCCAGACACCUACCAAGCAUUUGAGAAAUGCGUCAUCUCAAGGUAAUAUCUCACAAUAGUUGAUAAGAUCAUAUUAAUAGCAGUCCAGGUUUUGUUAAUGAUAUUUCAUUCUGUGUAAUUCUUUGGAAACAGAAAUGAGCAUGUUGAGUGGACAUGCCUCCAGGUGUCAUCACAGGCUAGCAUCUCAACAAUGAAUAAAGCUGUAGUAGAUCUGAAGGAUCAAAGCAAGCAAUUAUUGAUCAACUUAUUGGAGGAUCAAUGCAGUUGGACAUCAUUUCCAUUGUGGGCAUGCCUGGGCUAGGUAAGACUUUUCUGGCACAAAAAGUUUACCAUCAUCCUUCAGUUACAUCGCAUUUCCAUAUUCUUGCAUGGUGUUGUAUUUCUCAAACAUAUUGCAAGAAGGAUUUGUUGCUUGGGAUGUUGUCUUGCAUUGACCCAAAGGCUCAAUAUUCUGAGAUGAAUGAAGAUGAUUUGGCUCACAAAUUGUGUAACCACUUGAGGAAACAGAAGUAUCUCAUAGUUUUGGAUGACAUUUGGGACAUCGAGGCAUGGAAUGCUUUGAAAAUAUCGUUUCCAGAUGACACCAAUGGAAGCAGAAUUCUUUUAACUAGUCGACAUCAUGGGAUUAUUGGUAAACCUCACUAUCUUAGGCCACUUGAUGAAGAAGAAAGCUGGGAGUUACUACAGAAGAGAUUGUUAACUAGAGAAGAAGGCUAUCCUCCAGAACUAAAUGUUCUUGCCAGACAAAUAGCAAAACACUGUAAUGGACUGCCUCUGUCAAUUGUUAUCAUAUCUGGUAUUCUUUUGACUCUAGAUCAAGUUGGUUGGGAAGAAGUCGCAGAAAGGCUGAAUUCAAACAAGAAGAUUGGUGCCACAGAACAAUGCAAGAGUAUAUUAGAGCUCAGUUACAUACAUCUACCUGAACAUUUGAAGCCAUGUCUUAUUUACUUUGCAGCAUUUAGCGAAGAUCAAGAAAUUUCUGUCCAAAGGUUGAUAUUCUUGUGGAUCGCUGAAGGAUUUGUGAAGAAGAGUGAGUCAGAGAAUCUAGAGAAAAUAGCAGAAGGUUAUAUAAUGGCUCUAAUAAAUAGAAGUUUGGUUAUGGUGGGGCAACAAAGAUCCAUUGGUGGUGUCAAGACAUGCCGCAUUCAUGAUUUGUUGCAUGUGUUUUGUCUGAGAAAAGCCAAAGAUCAAAAUUUUCUACAGUUUAUGCGAGGGUAUGAUGUGCUUCAUAAAGUUGAGGAGCCAUACAACCUAUGUCGGUUAUCCAUUUACUCCCAACCAAAGCAUUUUGUGAAAUCAAGGAUAUUUUGUCCCCGCAUGCGCUCUCUACUAUAUUCUUCUCGUGGUGGUGGGAGCCAUGAAGUGUUAGACCAUUUGUCCUUCAUUUUUCACUUGAAACUUCUUAGAGUGUUGGAUCUAGGACAGAUUAGUCUAGGUUCUGCUUUCCCGACUGAAUUGAGCUUGCUAGUGGAGCUGAGGUAUUUGGCAGUUCUAGGUUGGUUCAAGGACAACAUUCCAUCAUCACUAGAAAAACUCUCAAAAUUGGAAACUCUUUUUGUGACAACAUACUAUUUUGAUGUUGGUCUUUUGUUAUUUCUGGAUACUUUGAUGAAAAUGCAGAAAUUGAGACAUCUACAUGUAUGUGGAGCUUUGAUUGAUCUUAGGUUGGCCAAUGACAACAUUGAAUAUUCCUCCAUUUUAUACAGUUUAGAUACUUUUUCCACUGUAAAGCUUUAUGUGGGGCAAAGCAUGGAAAAGGUGAUGGGAAAGUUUCCAAAUAUCCGUGAACUAAAAUGCUGUCUCCAGCAAUCAGAAGAAUCUUCUGAUGACAGCAACAUGAUUGUGGCAAUGGACUCUCUAAGUCAACUAGAAUCACUAAAGCUGGUUCUAGGUAAAGUGGCUUCCCAUCUAAUUGAAUUCCAUCUUCCCUUGAAUAUUAAAAAGCUGACUGUGGAGGACUUUUCAUUUAGAACUAUUGCCACAAUAGCAAAGCUUCCAAAUCUUCAGGUUCUCAAAUUACUCCGACAAGCUGAUGGAGCAAACGAAUGGGACAUGGAAGGCAUGGACGAAGAGGAAUUCUUCCCUGAGCUCAAGUUCUUGAAAUUGGAAGACUUGAGCAUGGUCACGUGGAGAGGCUCAGGACUUCAUUUUCCCAGUCUUGAGAAAUUGGUUUUGGAAGGUUGCAAGGAGUUGGAAGAGCUCCCUUCCUGUUUAUGGGAAACCUUAACUCUUCAAUUGAUUGCGGUGCAUCGAUGUCUAUACUCUGCCGGAGAUGUAGUUCGAGAUAUUCAGAAACAACAGAUAGACUAUGGAAAUAAGUAUCUGAAAAUCCUUAUCUCAGAAGAAAUUGAGGAUACUUUGUCAUGGUCAGAUGGAGAUUAUGAGGGAUGAUCUGUUUAGCAUGAAAGAUUAACCACACGAGUGUGAAAAUCUACUGUAUGGCAUUGCUUAGAAUGAUGUACUCUGUUUUCCCUUUUCUUCGGUUGCUGUAUUGCAUGUAUAAUGUUGAAAUCUGUUUUGAAGGAAUGUACUAUUUGAAAUCCGUGUUAUGAAUGAA